AUGAGUUCUAUGGCUAAUCUCAUUAAUUCACAAGUUGGAGCAGAUGUGAUUGGUGGUAGUGUUGAUGGACAGAUGAAUGGCAUUGGUUGUGCUAGUUUGAAAUUUCCUCCUACUUUUUGGGAAUAUAAUAGAGAGAAUAAGCCUGAUUUGAUUGGUCUUUUAGAGAUUAGGGUAAGUGGUACCAAAGCUGACUCAGUUAUUGCUAAGCUUGGUUUUGAGUUUUCGCAUAGAGUGGAGGCUAUGAGUUUUUCUGGUGGCAUUUGGAUUGGAUGGAAGAAUACAAUUUUUGUAGAUAUUUUAGGUAAUUAUUCCCAAUUUAUCUUACUUAGAAUUUCUGGGAAUUCAUAUAGGCAAUCGGUUUUGGUCACUUUUGUGUAUGGUUGUCCUAAUAGCCAAAAGUGCAAGCAGUUAUGGGAAGUUCUUAAGGGUAUUGCUCCGGUGGAUGAGACUCUUUGGUUAGCGAUUGGGGAUUUUAAUACUUUUCUUUCUUCUUGUGAAAAAAGAGGGGGUCAGAUCAUUGGGAAAAGAUGUGCUCUUUUUAGUGAUUUUAUGGAUUUCUUCAUAUUACAUGAUUUGGGGUUUAGUGGUCCAAAAUUCACUUGGAAUAGAGGUGGUGUCUUUGAGAGACUGGAUAGGGCAAUUUGUAAUGGACUCUCAAAUGUGUUUGGUCACAUUAUUCAUCGGAAGAAUCUUUUGAAAAAGAAACUUGAUAAUGUUCAGAAGGUGAUUGAUCGAAGGAGCUCGUCUUAUUUGAAUCAGGUUGAGUUAGAGAUUCAGGAAGAAUUGGAGUCAAUUUUACAUCAUGAGGAACUUUUAUGGCAUCAGAACUCUAGGUGUGACUGGUUGGUGUUUGGGGAUAGAAAUACGAGAUUUUUCCAUAGGAGAGCUUUGCAGAGGAGAAAGCAUAAUCGUAUUGUCACCUUAAAAAAUCAAGUGGGAGAAUGGGUUAUGGAUGAAGAAGAAUUGAAGCAAGAAGCGGUCAAUUUUUAUAAGAAUCUCUAUGGCGAGCAACCAAGAAGAGCGAGUAAUCUUGGUGAUAGUUCUUUCCCAUCUCUUGAUAAAAAAGAUAUUCAAUUCUUUAGUAUGCUGGUUUCAGAUGAGGAGAUUAAGAAGGCCCUUUUUGACAUGGCUCCUUUAAAAGCUCCAGGAAGUGAUGACUUUCAUGCGCUUUUUUAUCAAAGUCAAUAG